AUGGCCUUUGCAGAUACACAUUUUUUCUUAUGUGAGACGUUUGCCAGCCCUCGAAUAACAAUGAGUUUUCUUAAUCUUCGUGCUCUACGAGCUCCAAAAGUCACCACUAUUAACGAUCUUUCCGAUGAAGCCCUGGUGAAGGUGUUUCAAAGAUGCGAUGAUGUGGCAAUACUGCGGUGCUCGGCUGUGUGCCGACACUGGCGUGCAGUGAUUUUUGCCGAAGAACGGAAGCCACACUCAAGAAUUCGUCGAGCUCGAGAUACAGUUGGGAUUUUUAUCGUCGACAGAAGACGGGCUAUCUUGGAGAAGUUCUGUCCGGGCUCCGAGCCACCUAAACUAACAGCUACUAGGACUGAACUUUCACUGAUCAUAACACCGUCAAUGCGACCACCAAGAAUCUCACGAAGCUCAUAUAAUAAUGAGGUUCCCAAGGAACCUCCACUUCCUCCGGAGACAACUACAGUGUUCAUGGAAGACCAGUUUGUGGAUAAGACGCAGUCCACUUGGGCGUUUACAUUUGAUUUUUCUGAUUGGGUUAAGACUCAUCAUGUAGUUGAGGUGUGCCUGCAGAAUUUCUGCUCAUUCUUGGAUCGCGAACACACACGAAUGGAAUUAGCAGGAGGAAAUGGACAUUCUGAUGGUAAUAACCAUGGACCAUCGCCAAACACUGCUAUGUUAACUCCACCAUGGUCCGGAGGAGUUGCCGGACGAUCACCACCGAUGGAUACAAUGUGCUCAGGCGGUUCGCAGACGGAUCAGCGCGGUUACGCUUAUUAUCAGCUGCCUUCAGCGCGUGCUUUGAUGAACCAGAGUCCACCACUGACGACAAUGGACGGUGAGACCAUAGCAGAGCUGAAGAUGUUGUCCUCUGGCCGACUAGAGCGCUUGGCUAAUUGCCUUAAAGUCAUUCAUCCUUUGCAUAUUGUGUUUCGUGAUCAUUCACUCUAUGCCCAUCGUCCAACACUUUUGCUCAUAUGGUUCCUGAAACAGUUGCAACCAUCAUUGCGACGUAUAACAUUUGAUGGGAUUCAAGCCAACCAUCUUAUUCCACUUCAUAAAAUUCUCGAUCUUAGUGGUAUAGAUGAGCUCAAUGUGAAACAACCGCAAUUCUCGCCAGCUAUUUGUGUAUCGCAUCGUUUGCUUUUGAACUGGCUGGCAUUACCUGCGCAACAGCGUUGCCGUCUGCGAAUGCGGCUGCUUGGUUGUCGCACAAUGACAGCGCGUGGGCUCGCAGUUUUCGUUCAGGCAUGGAAAGUAACACCAGAACCGUGCUUUUUCGACCAGAUAUCAAUAGAUCUACGCUCUGUUCCCGUAUUCGAUUUUUUGGCGGAGAUGGAGACACCAACGAAAGAUCCUGAUGAGCCAGAAGACUGGCGACCACCAACACCUCCAGCGGCAGCGUACGGCCAUGGUCCAAUGGCAGCUGAAAGCAGAUGGACCAACUGCAAAUUGACAGUGAAGCAUCGCAAAGGUGGAGCUACACUCGAUAUGUGUGUAGCUGAUGGUUUCAUUGUUCUGAAGUGUAGUUCUGGGAAGGAGACUCGUUCUGGUCAUGGGGCAAUGAUGUCGAGUCGGAGAGGGAUGCUACCACGUCCGUCCUCAAUGCAGUGUUUCGAGGCGAGAAGUAAAGGGGGUUCGUUGCCCCGCCUCGAGUCGCAGUCGUCGUUGAAGCGUAUAGGAACUGAUCAAUCACGUCUACAUCGCAGUCCAUCAAUGUUCGACAAAAUGUUCGGGUUUUUACUGCGAUCAAAUGCGUGA